GGAGGCGGGAGCCAAAAAGACUCAUUUGUCUUUUGCGUGAAGAGGCAGCGGGAGCGCGACCAGGAAAGGGACAGCAAAGGUCCGAGCGGAGCCCACGGCAGCGGCGCUGCUCGGUGAGAAGAGAGGCUCGGUUUACCCGCGGGACCUGCUGAGAAACAAGAAGAACAAGGCGGGCGACUGAGGAGGAAAAGCGCUCUGUCAACUCGCGCCACUCUUCACCUGGCGAUGGCUGUUCACCGCAGGCUCGCAUUGGUCCUGAUGGCAGUGCUUGCUCUCACCGUCUCCGUACACAGUGAAGAAUGUAUAUGUAAAAAGAACAAACAAGUAGAAAACUGCAUAUUAAGUAAUGGUGAAUGCAAGUGUAUCUCUGUGGGGUCUAAUGUUACAGUGUCCUGUGAAACAUUGACUUCAAAAUGCCUACUGAUGAAGGCAGAAAUGUAUCGCUUAAAAAAGCCUAGGACAGUUCGACCAAGUCACGCUUUUAUAGACAACGAUGGUAUUUAUGAUCCGGAGUGUGACAAUGAUGGCAGGUUCAAAGCUAAACAGUGUAAUAGGACAAGCACUUGUUGGUGUGUGAACUCCGCUGGAGUACGAAGAACUGAAAAGGGUGAUGAAAAUAUUACAUGCAGUGAAGUAGUCAGGACAAGUUGGAUUAUUAUUGAAACGACACCUGUUAAUACUGAUUUGGACAACCAUUCUGUCAAGAGGGCCUUCACAGAAGCACUUGCUCAACGUUAUCUCUUGAAUCAGAAGCACAUAAGUGUUACGUAUGAAAACCCUUAUAUCACUAUUGAACUGAAACAAAAUGCUUCAGAGAAAUCUGAAAAGGAUGUGGAUAUAGCAGAUGUAGCAUACUACUUUGAAAAAGAGGUUAAAGGGAAUGCCAUACAUUAUUCAUUCUUGAACAUUACAGUCCAAGGAGAACCUCUGCAACUUAAAGACACAUUGAUCUACUACGUUGAUGAAAAGCCACCAGAGUUCGCAAUGACUAAUUUGACCGCUGGAAUAAUUGCUGUCAUUGUUGUUGUGACAUUAGCAGUAGUUGCUGGCAUCCUUGUAUUGGUUUUCACUAGAAGAAAGACGGGGAAAUAUGAAAAAGCAGAGGUAAAGGAAAUGAAUGAAAUGCACAGAGAACUAAAAUCCUAACUGUUGUAACAAGGAUCACAAGAUAAGUGUGGUGAAAACAACAAAACUGAACAUAAACUAUGUGGACGUCAUUUUUAUACAGUGAAUACCUGUAGCUUUAGUGAAGAGGAUUGCCUCAAAUGUAGGACCUGUACAGGCAUAUUGCAUUUACAGGGCUAAGACAUAGCAUGUUCAAAUUAAUCCUCCUCUUGUCACAAUUAAUGUAAUAUUUUAAUGAUGCCUUGUUGUUUAGUGUAUACUGAAUGAGAAUCAUGUUUGAAAGUUCUACAGAAUGUCUAAUCUGCUUUGACUGUCAGACAUGUCUCUUGCAUACAGUAAAGUGUGGUGUGCUUUUUAAAGUGUCUGUAAAAUAUUUUUAUUCAAAUCUGCUGGACUUUUUUACAAGUUAUGAGUUUAAUAAAUCCUGGAUCCAA